GCUGAACAAUGCGUUUGGUCCACUCCUGCGAGGGGAGGAGAACGCUGAGGGACAGGAACUGCGCGCCAGCAAAAGACACCCUAACCUAGGGUGCGCCCGCCAGCUGCUUUCCCAAGGUGAAAACCUCCAAGAGGCGAGGUGCAAAUCUCAGUGGCGUCCACACCGGGAGGUGUCUUCCCUCCAGGUCGCCCCUCCGUCUCAUGCGACCAAUCCCCGCAGCCUUUGCUCAGCCUGGGACCAAGAAUCGGGAGUCCUACCCCUCCUCGGCUUUCUAGCCCCCUAACCCAAGAUGAGAGGGCGCGCGCCCGGGCUGGGACAGAUUCAGGCCGCAUUUUCGUAGACUGCACUCUCCGCCCGGGAGCAACCCGUUCCAGCAGCCCCCUUCCCGUCCCAUCAACGCGGCCGCGUGGUCGGUGUCCAGAGGCGACAUCCUGGCUAGGACAGGAAUCAAGUCAGAAAUUCAGGCUCGAGAAGCAAAGGCUGUGGGACCUCCUGGCUGGAAAAAGCGGCGGGUGGGUGGAGGAUGCGGUGCGCGGGAAUUUCCCCACGGACCCUUGCUGUUUUCUGCUCACCUUUCAGGAAGGUUCCCCUCUACCUGCGCCCUGCCCUGCACUUUGGAGCUCGCACUUUGGAGCUCGCCCUCGAGCUCAGCUACCCGCCGACUCCCUCCGCCCGCGCCCGCACACCACAGACUCCGCUUACCGUCCCCUACCCGGUUCUAGAGGGCCCAGAGGGGAUUUCCUGAAACCAACUCGCCUGCUUCGAGCCAGCCCCGAGAGUGGCGGGAGGCAAAGCAGCCAGAAUGCCCGAGAAAAAAGUGGGCGUCGGAGGCCCUUGUCCUAGCGACUCCCCCACCGCACCGAAUGAGUCCCGGGACUGCAAAGAUCUAAGCCCUUACCUGCCUCUGCGCCUUUCUGUGCGCUUUGCGGCUCCGGAAGCCGGAUCGAGGGUCACAGGGUGGUUGGGCGCGGGCUGGCCACUCGGUUUGCGCCCCGAGGACCCGGACUUGCACUUGCAGAGCCUCUCCGUGGGGGAUGUCCCUCUUUUUUCCUCCGCCCGGCGCGCUCCUCCGGCUUGUCGCGGUCUCCGGGUUCCAGCUGGAGUUGGCGCUCCGCCCCCACAGCUCUUUCCAGUGUCUCAGACCUGUGCGCCCCGCCCCGCGCUGGACUCCGCCCCGGGGUCCCCGCCUUCCUCCUACUCGAGGCCGAGGGUGGGUGCCCAGCUCCCUCACCCCACCGCGUGCUCUCGGGCUGGUGCGUCCAGGACGCGGGCACCGUAGCUCCGGCCACGCUGACGCGAGUCCCUGGGCACCGGGGCCCUCCCCUCGCAGGGAUUUCAGCGCCUUCGCAUCCCGUCUGAAUCGGACCACAGCAGCCGGGUUUCGACCGUGCGCUUUGGAACAGGGAGCACCGCCCUCUGCCGCCAGCUGUGGCACCGCACCCGGGUCGCGCGCGCAGGAGCGGAGAGUCCUGUCCUCCGGAGGUGCCCAGUGCCAGCGUCCACACCCACUUGAAGGUGACCCUUUCAAGGAAAGCCCGGCUCCGACAAGUGCGGCGUAGGCCUUUGGGGAUGGCGAUGAAGGAGGAGGCCCCCAGGAGGAAGCUGGGGAUGGGGGCAGUUUGCCCUGCUCAAAGCCCCUGAAGUCCUCACCCAAACUUUGCGACGACCACCACUAUCAGAUCCCAUGGCCCUGCAAAGACAAUCUUAGGAGUGCCUCAGCCUAUCUGUCCGGAGAGUCCGUAGCCCUUUACUUUGCUUCUAACAGGUUCGAACUCCUCCCACGACCUCCCUGGUUAGACACAGGAAUUGCCCAUUCAACUGACUGGUGCCCAGGAAGCUCCGGGCGUACAGGAUUGAACCUGUGGCAGGACUCUGAAGGUCUGAAAAGGUGUUCCCCGUCGUUAAACCCCAGCUAGCGGAUUAUUGGCAAGUGGGAACAUGGACUCCACUUUGUCAGAGCUUCCCAUUGUUUUCAAGAGAAUCUGGAAUUUGAGAACUUUAAAAAUACUCUUCGGGUUUGUUAAAGCAAAAAUCUUGUUUGGCCAAAGAGAACCUGUCUCAGACUGAACACAGUCCACAGUGCUGCCAAUUAAAAAUUUGUGGGUAAAUGAACUUCA